ACGGUGAAUGGUCAAAAUUGGUGCACUCUCCCAGAGAAGGCAGUUGUCGACAACUUUAAGACGGAAGAAAUCUACUAACGACCCCCACGGGGUGAGAAUUUAAGAGUCUUUGAAAUGCACAAAAAUCUGACACGCGCCUCCAACAAAGCAGCAAAGCGAUACGAGUGGUGAGGUCAAUGAGAAGAAAAGGGAAAGGAAGAAGAAGAACUGAGGCAUCUAUAAAUAGGCGAGGACGAGGGGAAGGUUAGGGCUACGCUGGCUGUGACAUACAUUUGGGAAGAAGAAGAAGAAGAAGAGAGGGGGGAGGAGGAGGGAGAGCAGAGCACGCUGUGGCUACUGGCGGGGCAAGGAGAACAUCAAGAGUUGACUAUGGAUGCUACUAGUGAAGUCCAUUCUGGUUCUAAAAAGCUUCAUGAUGAAGAAACUGCCGAAAUCCCAGAAACCGCCCAUCAGAUUAGCACAGAUUCAUGGUUUCAAGUGGGAUUUGUCCUCACCACCGGUAUCAACAGUGCGUAUGUGCUGGGAUACUCUGGAAAUGUAAUGAUUCCUCUGGGUUGGAUAGGCGGUGUAAUCGGUCUAAUUCUAGCCACUGCAAUAUCACUCUAUGCAAAUGCUCUUAUUGCUAAGCUCCAUGAAUAUGGUGGGGUUAGGCACAUCAGAUACAGAGAUCUUGCAGGAUUUAUAUAUGGCAAGAAAGCUUAUUCACUUACAUGGGGAUUGCAAUAUGUCAAUCUUUUCAUGAUUAACACGGGAUUUAUCAUUUUGGCUGGUCAGGCCCUCAAGGCUGCGUAUGUUCUGUUCAAGGAUGACCACGUCAUGAAGCUCCCGCAUUUUAUUGCCAUUUCUGGCUUUGUUUGUGCAAUAUUUGCUAUAGGGAUACCACACUUGUCAGCUCUCAGGAUUUGGCUGGGGUUUUCAACAGUCUUCAGCUUGAUAUAUAUUGUUAUAGCAUUCGUCUUGUCACUCCAAGAUGGACUUCAAGCACCGGCCAGGAGUUAUGACAUCCCAGGGACAAAAAUAAGCAGAAUAUUUACCACAAUCGGAGCAGCUGCUAGCCUGGUCUUUGCAUUCAACACAGGAAUGCUACCAGAGAUACAGGCUACAGUGAGGAAACCAGUUGUUGAAAACAUGAUGAAGGCUCUGUACUUUCAGUUUACAGCUGGAGUUUUGCCACUGUAUGCCGUUUGUUUUGUAGGGUAUUGGGCAUAUGGAAAUAAAACAUCAUCUUAUUUGCUCAACAAUGUCAGCGGGCCGAUUUGGGUGAAGGCAAUGGCCAAUAUUGCUGCCUUCCUGCAAACAGUCAUUGCUUUGCAUAUAUUUGCAAGUCCAAUGUAUGAGUAUCUGGACACUAAGUUUGGUAUUAAAGGAAGUCCAUUGAAAAUUCAGAACUUGACAUUCAGAAUUACUGUUAGAGGUGGCUACUUAGCCAUUAACACACUGGUUUCAGCUCUUCUGCCAUUCCUUGGAGAUUUCAUGAGCCUCACAGGAGCCAUCAGCACUUUCCCUCUCACAUUUAUUCUUGCAAACCACAUGUACCUGAUGGCAAAGAAGGACAAACUCACUUCAGCGCAAAAGCUCUGGCAUUGGCUAAAUGUUGGUUUCUUUGCCCUUUUGGCCGUUGCAGCUUUAAUCUCAGCCUUGAGGCUCAUAGCAGUAGAUUCUAAAACUUACCACGUAUUUGCUGAUCUAUGAUUAGGUUAGGUUUCCCUUUUUCAUUUGAUCCCACGAAAUGUAUUUCAUUUACGUUUGGCAGUUAGGCCCCUGUCUUUUGUUGGUUGAAAGCUUAAGCAUUUAAUAGCAUAGCUUAAUUGUUCAAAGAUU